UUGCACAAAGUGUCCGCUUUGAAUAUGGAUUAUACAGUGUGAUACCUAACGGCGAAGGAUUUUUGCAGACAGGUUAUAGCAGGUGCCAUCGGAGGGUCCAUGAAUCGGCAACAUGGUCAUCGUAACACGGGGUGACUACAUAUGGAUCGAGCCGGCGUCCGGUCGCGAGUUCGAUGUUGCCAUCGGCGGUCGCGUCAUUUCGGCAGAAGGACGCCGCAUUCAGGUGCUGGACGACGAUGGCAACGAGCAAUGGCUCAGCCCGGAGCGGCGCAUCAAGGCGAUGCACGGGAGCAGCGUGCGGGGCGUCGAGGACAUGAUCUCGUUGGGAGAUCUGCACGAGGCCGGAAUUCUUCGAAACCUAUUGAUUAGAUAUAAUGAAAAUUUGAUAUAUACAUACACUGGGUCCAUUUUGGUUGCCGUGAAUCCUUAUCAAAUUUUACCAAUAUAUACCGGAGAUCAAAUAAAAUUAUACAAGGAAAGAAAAAUUGGAGAGCUACCGCCUCACAUUUUUGCAAUCGGAGAUAACACAUACGCACACAUGCGCCGCUAUGGCCAAGAUCAAUGUAUUGUAAUUUCUGGAGAAUCUGGAGCAGGAAAAACUGAAAGCACUAAACUAAUUCUUCAAUAUUUGGCAGCCAUUAGCGGGAAACAUUCUUGGAUCGAACAACAGAUUUUAGAAGCAAAUCCAAUUCUAGAAGCUUUCGGAAAUGCGAAAACAAUAAGGAAUGAUAAUUCGUCACGUUUUGGAAAAUAUAUUGAUAUUCAUUUUAAUAACAGCGGAGUCAUCGAAGGAGCCAAAAUCGAACAAUAUUUAUUAGAAAAAUCACGUAUUGUAUCUCAAAACAAAGAUGAACGAAAUUAUCAUAUAUUCUACUGUCUUUUGGCUGGUUUAUCGAGAGAGGAAAAACGUAAAUUGGAAUUAGGCGAUGCAAGUGAAUAUCGAUAUUUAACAGGAGGUAACAGCAUUACUUGCGAGGGUCGUGAUGAUGCUGCGGAAUUCAGUGACAUCAGAUCGGCGAUGAAAGUUCUGCUUUUCUCUGAUCAAGAAAUCUGGGAAAUUCUCAAACUUUUAGCAGCUUUGUUACACACAGGAAAUAUUAAAUACCGCGCUACUGUAAUCGAUAACCUAGAUGCCACAGAAAUUCCAGAGCAUGUCAAUGUACAAAGAGUGGCUAAUUUAUUAGGAGUACCCGUGCAGCCACUCAUAGACGCUCUUACAAGGAAAACUUUAUUCGCGCAUGGCGAAACUGUUGUAUCGACACUAUCUAGAGAUCAAUCCGUAGAUGUAAGAGACGCAUUUGUUAAAGGAAUAUACGGUAGACUAUUUGUAGAAAUUGUAAAAAAAAUUAAUAAUGCAAUAUAUAAACCAAAAUCGACGGCACGCAGUGUCAUAGGUGUCCUAGAUAUUUUUGGGUUCGAAAAUUUUCAUCACAACAGCUUCGAACAAUUUUGUAUCAAUUUUGCAAAUGAAAAUUUGCAACAAUUUUUUGUACAACAUAUAUUCAAGUUAGAACAGGAAGAAUAUAAUUUAGAAGGUAUCAAUUGGCAACACAUCGAGUUUGUAGAUAACCAAGACGCAUUAGAUUUAAUAGCAAUUAAACAAUUGAAUAUCAUGGCAUUGAUAGAUGAAGAGUCGAAAUUUCCUAAAGGAACCGAUCAAACUAUGUUGGCAAAGUUGCAUAAGACCCAUGGUUCGCAUAGAAACUACUUAAAACCUAAAUCGGAUAUCAAUACAAGUUUUGGAUUAAAUCAUUUUGCCGGGGUUGUGUUUUAUGAUACUAGAGGAUUUUUAGAAAAGAAUAGAGAUACGUUUAGUGCAGAUUUGUUACAACUGAUACAUAUUUCGAAUAAUAAAUUUUUAAAAAUGGUUUUUGCUGAUGAUAUAGGAAUGGGAUCGGAAACUAGAAAAAGGGCUCCGACAUUAUCGACGCAAUUCAAAAAAAGCUUAGACUCUUUGAUGAAAACUUUAAGCAACUGCCAACCAUUCUUUAUACGUUGCAUCAAACCUAACGAAUACAAAAAACCGAUGAUGUUUGAUCGCGGAUUAUGUUGUCGACAGCUCCGUUAUUCCGGUAUGAUGGAAACGAUUAGAAUUCGAAGAGCCGGUUAUCCGAUCCGACAUGGAUUUAGGGAGUUUGUCGAAAGAUACAGAUUUUUAAUUUCGGGUAUACCGCCAUCGCACAAGACUGAUUGUAGAUUGGCCACGACGAGGAUUUGCGCGGCUGUUUUAGGAAGAACCGAUUAUCAACUAGGACAUACUAAAGUAUUUUUAAAAGAUGCUCACGAUUUAUUUUUGGAACAAGAAAGAGAUAGGGUUCUUACCAAAAAAAUUCUUAUCCUGCAACGUUCUAUAAGGGGAUGGGUGUAUAGACGCCGAUUUUUGAAAAUGAAAGCGGCUGCUACUAUCAUACAAAAGUAUUAUAAAGGAUAUGCACAAAGGCAAAGAUAUAAAAAAAUGAAAGUGGGCUACAUGAGAUUACAGGCUCUUAUCCGAGCGAGAGUAUUGUCACAUAGAUUCAGACAUUUAAGAGGACAUAUUGUCGGUUUGCAGGCUCAUUCGAGAGGUUAUUUAGUUCGAAGAGAAUAUGGUCACAAAAUGUGGGCUAUAAUUAAAAUUCAAGCAAAUGUAAGAAGAAUGAUAGCGAUGAGACGAUAUAAGAAAUUGCGUUUGGAAUCACGAAGACAUCAUGAAAAUCUCAGGCUACGAAAAAUGGAAGAAAUGGAAUUGAAACAUCAAGGAAAUAAAAGAGCUAAAGAAAUAGCGGAGCAAAACUAUAGGGAACGCAUGCAUGAACUGGAGCGCAAAGAAAUGGAAAGAGAAAAGGAAGAACGGCGUCGAGUGGAAGCCAAGAAGAACAUAAUUAACGAUGCGGCACGUAAAGCCGAUGAGCCCGUCGAUGAUUCCAAAUUGGUCGAGGCCAUGUUCGAUUUCCUCCCCGAUUCCAGUAGCGAAGCUCCAACACCCCACGGCCAAAGAGAAACAUCAGUAUUUAAUGAUCUUCCGACUCAACACCCGGGUGAUCAAAAUGAGAUCAUCAGCCCUAUGCACAUUCCCUCAGAGGACGAAGAAGAUUUGUCAGAGUUCAAAUUCCAAAAGUUUGCAGCAACUUAUUUCCAGGGAAAUAUUACACAUCAGUACUCCAGGAAACCGUUGAAGCACCCUCUGCUACCUCUGAACACACAAGGUGACCAGUUGGCAGCACAAGCUUUGUGGAUAACGAUUCUUAGGUUCACCGGAGAUCUACCAGAACCAAGAUAUCAUACUAUGGACAGAGACAAUACGUCGGUAAUGUCAAAAGUAACAGCGACCUUAGGUCGUAAUUUUAUUCGAAGCAAAGAGUUUCAAGAAGCACAACUGAUGGGUUUAGACCCUGAUGCAUACGUUAAACAAAAACCAAGAUCAAUUAGACAUAAAUUAGUUUCAUUGACAUUAAAACGUAAAAAUAAGCUAGGAGAAGAUGUACGUAGGCGAUUGCAAGAUGAAGAAUAUACAGCUGACAGUUAUCAAUCAUGGCUUGAAUCGAGGCCUACAUCUAAUUUAGAAAAACUACACUUUAUAAUCGGUCAUGGUAUACUAAGAGCAGAAUUAAGGGAUGAAAUUUAUUGUCAAAUUUGCAAACAACUCACCAACAAUCCUUCCAAAUCUUCACAUGCCCGUGGAUGGAUAUUGCUGUCUUUAUGUGUAGGAUGUUUCGCACCAUCAGAAAAGUUUGUAAAUUAUUUGCGAGCGUUUAUAAGGGAAGGUCCACCUGGUUAUGCACCAUAUUGCGAAGAUAGAUUAAAAAGAACAUUUAACAAUGGUACAAGAAAUCAGCCACCGAGCUGGUUAGAAUUACAAGCAACAAAAUCCAAAAAACCAAUCAUGUUACCUAUAACUUUUAUGGACGGCAACACAAAAACUUUAUUAGCCGAUUCUGCAACUACGGCAAGAGAAUUGUGUAACCAAUUAUCUGAUAAAAUAGCAUUGAAAGACCAAUUUGGAUUCUCUCUAUACAUAGCGUUAUUUGAUAAAGUGUCAUCUUUGGGAAGUGGAGGUGAUCAUGUGAUGGAUGCCAUAUCGCAAUGUGAACAAUAUGCCAAAGAACAAGGGGCCCAAGAAAGGAAUGCGCCUUGGAGACUUUUCUUCCGAAAAGAAAUUUUCGCACCGUGGCAUGAGCCGACAGAAGAUCAAGUUGCAACAAAUUUAAUAUAUCAACAAGUUGUGCGUGGAGUUAAAUUUGGCGAAUAUCGUUGUGAUAAAGAAGAAGAUUUGGCUAUGAUAGCCGCUCAGCAAUACUAUAUAGAAUAUAAUACAGAAAUGAAUGUUGAAAGAUUGUUUACUCUUUUACCAAAUUAUAUACCAGAUUACUGUUUAACCGGCGUGGAGAAAGCGAUAGAUCGGUGGGGAGCUCUCGUGGUGCAAGCUUACAAAAAAAGUUACUAUCUAAAAGAAAAAAUUGGAGCUCUAAGAGUUAAAGAAGAUGUAGUUAGUUACGCUAAAUUUAAAUGGCCUUUAUUGUUCUCCCGAUUUUACGAAGCAUACAGAAACUCUGGCCCUAAUCUACCCAAAAAUGAUGUGAUUAUUGCUGUAAAUUGGACAGGUGUUUAUGUAGUCGAUGAUCAAGAACAAGUUUUAUUAGAACUCUCCUUUCCAGAAAUAACAACAGUAUCGAGCCAAAAAACAAAUAAAGUUUUCACACAAACAUUUAGUUUAUCUACUGUACGCGGAGAAGAAUUUACAUUCCAGAGCCCGAAUGCAGAGGAUAUACGAGACCUAGUAGUCUAUUUCCUAGAGGGCCUUAAAAAACGAUCAAAAUACGUUAUAGCUAUACAAGACUAUAAAGCCCCUGGCGAGGGCUCUACAUUCCUGACGUUUAUGAAAGGUGAUUUAAUUAUACUAGAGGAAGAAAGUACGGGAGAAAUCGUAUUGAACUCCGGAUGGUGCAUAGGUAGAUGUGAAAGAACCCAAGAACGUGGAGAUUUUCCAGCUGAAACCGUAUAUGUAUUACCUUCAAUGACAAAACCUCCUGCAGACAUAUUAGCUUUGUUUAGUGUGGAAGGUGCAGAACAUGGUAGAAGAUUAUAUUCACAAAAUUCUAUAAAUGGGAAUGAUAGUCGUGAUAGACCGCACAAUCUUGCCGAAUAUGCUUUAGAUCAUUUUCGAGUACCACCUAAACGAACUAUGUCCAAAACCUUAACUUUAUCUUCGAACAGAAGAGGUUACGAUGAUCUUUGGCGCCAUUCAAGAGAUCCAAUCAAACUACCUCUACUAAAAAAAUUGCAAGCUAAAGAGGAAUUAGCAGAAGAGGCAUGUUUUGCAUACAACGCAAUAUUGAAAUACAUGGGCGACCUACCAUCGAAAAGGCCAAGGAUAGGAAACGAGUACACCGAUAACAUUUUUGAUGGUCCAUUAAAACAUGAAAUACUCAGAGACGAAAUUUAUUGUCAAAUCAUGAAACAAUUAACGGAUAACCGAAAUAGAUUAUCAGAGGAACGUGGAUGGGAGUUAAUGUGGCUGUCAACAGGUUUAUUUGCCUGCAGUCAAAUACUUUUGAAAGAAUUAACCCUAUUCUUGCGAACUAGAAGACAUCCUAUAUCACAAGACUCAUUAACUCGGUUGCAGAGAACACUGAGAAAUGGACAAAGAAAAUAUCCACCUCAUCAAGUAGAAGUAGAAGCCAUACAGCACAAAACGACUCAGAUAUUCCAUAAAGUUUACUUUCCUGAUGAUACUGAUGAAGCAUUUGAAGUCGACUCGUCCACGAGGGCAAAGGACUUCUGCCAUAAUAUAUCACAAAGACUAAAUUUAAGAUCCAGUGAAGGAUUUAGCUUAUUCGUAAAAAUCGCAGACAAGGUCAUUUCUGUACCAGAAGGAGACUUCUUCUUUGAUUUCGUGCGUCAUUUGACUGAUUGGAUUAAAAAAGCUAGGCCAUCACGUGAUGGCACUACGCCGCAGUUUACUUACCAAGUAUUUUUCAUGAAAAAAUUGUGGACUAACACUGUACCAGGAAAAGAUAAAAAUGCGGAUCUAAUAUUCCAUUUUCAUCAAGAGUUGCCAAAACUUUUACGAGGCUAUCACAAAUGUUCAAAAGAAGAAGCAUCGAAAUUGGCGGCUUUGGUGUAUAGAGUUCGAUUUGGAGAAAGCAAACAGGAACUACAAGCAAUACCACAAAUGCUCCGCGAAUUAAUUCCUUCAGAUUUAAUAAAAAUUCAAAGUAGUGCAGACUGGAAAAGAUCUAUUGUCAGUUCGUACAAUCAAGACGGAGGUAUGAGCCCCGAGGAAGCAAAAAUUACAUUCCUGAAAAUAAUUUAUAGAUGGCCAACUUUUGGUUCAGCAUUUUUCGAAGUUAAACAAACUACUGAACCAAAUUUCCCUGAAAUGCUUUUGAUUGCAAUUAACAAACACGGAGUCAGCUUAAUUCAUCCUCAAAAUAAGGAUAUUCUGAUAACGCAUCCUUUCACAAGAAUAUCAAAUUGGUCAUCAGGAAAUACCUAUUUCCAUAUGACAAUUGGAAAUUUAGUAAGAGGAUCAAAAUUACUAUGUGAAACAUCUUUAGGGUACAAAAUGGAUGAUUUGCUAACUUCUUAUAUAUCACUGAUGCUUACCAAUAUGAACAAACAGAGGACAAUAAGAGUAAAAUGAUAUU